AUGGAUCCAAAAUGGUUUCCUCCGCCAGAUCGUCCCUUUCAAUCAGGCGGCCCAAGUGUGAUCGGAGCAGGAGUCAUUGGCAUUGCUAGCUUAUGUUUUUCACCAGGACAUUUUCGCAAGAUAACUUCCAUAUCGGCGAUCUUGUGCAUUCUUGCGAACCUGCGACUACACACGGCCGGAAGGCCGGAAGAGGACUAUCUGAAUGCCAUCAACAUUUGCUUGAUCUUGAUCAGAUGCAUCGACUUUGAGGUCUUACAUAUUGCCGAGCAGACGUUUUGUCGAGAAAAGUCGGAUGGGACGUUCGAGACUGCCGACGACAUAGAAAAGAUGACUCUCUGGCAAAAAUUCCAGUGGAGUGUGUCCCUUCUUACAACCAUGCGUGGAAUUGGCUGGAAUUGGCGCGUCAAGAAUGUUGACAAAGUCCCAAAACAUCUUUCUCGCAGGUGA